AUGGCGGCCGCUUCAACUACCCCCUUCGAGUACUCCCCUCUCGAUGAGCAGAAGAAUGAGAUUCGAGUUCUCCGUAUCCUGCCUGGCGUUGAUGCCAGCACGCUCGAGUGCCGCCUGGAGCAUAUCGCCCUAGAAGAUGGGUCCGAUUACGAUGCACUCUCCUAUGCCUGGCACGACCCAAAAUUAUACUCAGAAGCACAAAGAGACCUGAAACAUAAUCUGCUUGUCAACGGGAAAUGUCUCGAAAUAGGAAACAAUCUUGCGACCUUUCUUCAAUCCGCACGUGGAAAACAGGCUGAGAGCCGUCAGAUCUGGAUUGAUGCUAUCUGCAUCAACCAGAAGGAUGUCUACGAGCGAAAUGCGCAAGUUCUCAGGAUGCGGAGAAUAUACCAGAAGGCCAACCAAGUUGUGAUCUGGUUGGGGCCUGCGUCAAAUCGCGGUGAUGACGCUGUCAGGUUUCUCAAACUGGUGAAUCUUACGAAGAACAACGACCUUUCGGCAGAAUGGAAGGCCAUGGCUAGUUUUCUGGUACGAGCUUGGUGGAACAGGAUCUGGGUCGUUCAAGAAAUCGUGCUUGCAAAGGAAGCACUCGUU